GUAUUAAAACCACUAUUUAAAGGUGCAUUUUAUUUUGAUUGUUUUGAUCAUCAGCAUUAUACAAACGGCCACUCAUAAAAUAUUAGGAGUAGAAUGUCUACGAACUACAUUUUUAAAGGCAUCAAUAAUUUCUUCUUAUCUUUUUUUAAGGUAAAUGCCCCACUUAUUAAGAUUCGAACGUUGGAGCGUGCCCCCCUCUCUCUUCCCCACCUUUAAACACUCUCUCUCUCUUACUAGCCGUUAACAUUUCACUAACUUCUCUGAUUCUCACUCUUAUCUUGCCCCUUUUCCCCACAUUCAUCUCUCUCUCCCUCUCUCAACAUGGCCAUUGUUCUGGAAUCCAAUAAGGAAAUGGUGAACCCCAUUGAUUCCACACCUUCCAUAAGUCCUGCAUCAGAUAUACGAUUUUGGGGUGCUCUCAAAAGGCGCAUAGACUCUCUACAGAAAGGCCAGAAGAUCUCUGGCAACCCUGCCUUGGUGGUUGGGGAUACAGAGAGUAGCAAGCUUUUAAGAGAGAAUUCUCUGCUUCUUCUUAGAGGUUUUGAUUCCAUUGGUUCCUCUCUCUCUCAGCUUACAGGGAACCUCGAUGCUGCCCUCCAGGGGGCAAAUGAACUAUCAAAGCCCAAACUAUCUGAAUUGUAUCAGAGAGACAUCGAACCCCAAGAAGAUGAGAUAGAGCGACCUCUAACAAAGAGGCGGUGUGAUGAUUCUUCACAAGGAUCAAAGGAUGUAUCUCCCAUAAAAACUAAACAGAGCCCCACAAAAGAGGAUGUUUCUCCAAUCAAAACAGAAGUUCUCGCGAGUGGAAAGAUGAAAGAGACCAGAAAGAUUGCAGCAAAGAUGGCUUCAAAAGCUGCCUCACUUGCACAGGAACUGAAGUCAAUCAAAGGGGAAGUUGGUUAUUUGAGCGAAAGAUGUGUUCUUCUUGAAGAGGAGAACAAGAGACUACGUGAUGGGUUCUCCAAAGGAAUAAGACCUGAGGAGGAUGACCUGGUGAGACUUCAACUGGAGGCCCUUCUGGCUGAGAAGUCAAGGUUGGCUAAUGAGAAUGCAAACCUUAAAAGAGAAAACCAGUGUCUUCACCAGCUUGUCGAGUAUCACCAACUGACCUCUCAAGGUCUCUCCCCAUCUGAUCCUGAAUUCAGAGGUGUAUGCUUGGAUUUCUCAUCUCCUCAUCAAUCCAUGACAAGCAGCGAUGAAGUAAGAGGAGAAGAAGAUGAUGAAGGGACAGGUCAUCGGACACCUAGAACUGACAUCUUCAGCUUCUCUUCUUCUCUAGAUGAAUGCUCUGAUGAAGAGUGAAGAAAUUCAAAUGGCUUAGAGUUCAUUCUUUUACAUAGUCUUUAUAUCCAAUUGUCUUGCCCCUUUCAUAAUUGGUUGUAUGCCAGAAGGUUUGAGGCUAAAGGAAUGGAUGAGAAAUUUAAUUUAUUAUGUAUAAAUUUUGCUUUUUGAUCAUUGUAAUUCGCUUUCGCCCCCUUUCUUCUUGUAAAAUGGAAUAUUCAUGGACAUAUUUGUUGUUGUUCAAAAGGUAUGUGAUACUGAUUUUGGUUUGUUUCCCUCGA